ACAAUAUGCCACAAGAAAAAACGGGGUACGGUACCAAAAACGAACAGAAAUGGAUGGAGAAGGACGGCCCCCUCGAAAGGAAGGAAACGUGAAGAAUAUUCGAUUUUUAACCACCAGCCUUUAUGUAUUUGGAUUCUUGGAUUUGUUUGCUGUCGCUCUGAUCAUUCCUGUAGCAUCAAGACAAGCGACUAAUCUUGGGGCUUCCCCAGCUGCAGUCGGCCUUGUUGGAACUAUUUAUGGAACUUUGCAGUUGAUAUCUGCCCCACUAGUGGGGAGAUGGAGCGAUGUUGGAGGUCGGCGGUUAACUCUUCUGCUUUGCCUUUUCUUCACCUCUGUUGGGUACAUCUUGAUGGGUCUAUCUACCUCUAUUGUUUACUACUUACUAGCAAGGGUGCCUUUAGGUAUAUUUAAGCACAGUGUGUCCAUCACCAGGGCAUACCUCGCUGAAAUCACGCCCAAAUCUGAAAGGGCAAGGGUCUUUGGAUACUUCAAUGGCAUCUCCAGCAUUGGCUUCAUCAUUGGACCUCUCAUCGGUGGCCAUCUUGCCGAGAUGGACAACGGCUUCUUUAAAGUUUCUCUCAUUACUUCAGCUUUGUUUGCCCUCUGGUUUGUAUUUGUCCUGCUCUUCAUGACCGAACCUGAACAUAGAGGGCUGCCCAACACCAAGUCAGUCCAAGACUUCACUGCCGAUGAGUUCGGCAGCAAGUUCCACUCCUCGCUGCACACUUUCAAAGAGAUCAUCAAGUCCGGGCCCGAGCUCUUCUUCAUCCGCUUCCUCCAGGGUUUCUCCGCCACCCUAUUCCGCAGCAACUUCACCCUGAUGUUGGAGCAGAAGUUCGACAGCACCCCCAUCAUCACUGGUCGCAUCAUAUCUUUCGGGUCCUUAGCGAGCGCCCUGUGCGCUAUAGGAGUGGGGCGAUUGGUGAAGAUCUACCGCAACCUGCCCCGCCUGUACUUUCACGCGUGCACCCUGAGGAUAUUCGCCAUUGUGCUGAUCAUCUUCGCGCCGAGCAUCCCAUCAUUCCUCGUCUUUUAUUUCCUACUCUCCAUGGGCAACUCUGUAGCCCGUGUCUGCUCCACCAACCUAAGCAUCGAGCGGGGAAAGGUCGAGGACACUGGUGCGUUGCUGGGGCUAAAUCAAUCUGUUAUGUCCGUUUGUAGAACAGUAUCGCCUCUUAUAGCCGGGGUCUCGCAGGAAGUAACCUCCGAAGGACCUGCAAUUCUAUCGGUCAUCCUUUCCAUAGGGACUGCUGGUCUUGUCGCUACCUCAGUUUUAGAAGAAAGAAAGAUCUCAGACAAGGAGAAAAAACUUUGAAUAUAUAUCAGAAAAUGUUAUAUGAUUAAAGGUCAAGUCCACCUAAGAAAAAUGUUUAUUUGAAUAAAAAGAGAAAUAUCAAAGAAGUGUAACACUGAAAAUUUCAUCAAAUCGGAUUUAAAAUGAUAAAGUUAUUUCAUUUUUAAUUUUUGCUUAUUUUUCGCAAAACAGUAACACUCAGUGAUUUUCAAAUGAAAGUGUCGAUGAUGUCCCUCACUCACUAUUUCUUUUCUGUUUCAUUGUUUGAAUUGUGCAAUACUGUAUUUCAAUUUAUCCAUAUUUUACAAUAAGGACCAACUUGACUGAACCAUAAAAUGUUUGAACAAUGGUUCAUGUUAAUCUGCGUAUUCAAGGAGGAAUGAAACUUUGUUUCACCUGACUAUGAGGAGAAAAUGAAAAUAUGACAUAUUUUAUAUGGUAAAAAAGAAAGAAAUAGUGAGUGGGUGAUGUCAUCAGUACCUUCAUUUCGAUACCGACCAAGAUGAGAAUAUAACUGUUUUGUGAAAAUAAGUAAAACUUUGAAAUGUCAUACCUGUCUUAUACAUUCAAUUUUGAUGAAAUUUUCAUUGUUAUGCUUGUUUUUCUCUUUUUCUUCAAAUCAAUGAUGGACUUGCUUUUUCAUUAGUUGCACAUGUGCCUAUCUUUAGUUAAGUCAUUGUGUUAUCUAUCAGUACUAGUAGAUUCUUGCUCAAUCUAUAUUACUUUAAGUAUUUUGAAAAAAUAUAUUGUAAAAUAAUGGAGUGAAUAGAAUAAAAUUUGGUAUUGAUAUUGCAUGAAUUAUCUUAUUUAUCAUACAAGGUGCUUAAAGGGAAAUUUCCUCCCCAGCAAAAACUUGAUCUGAAUAAUAAGAGAAGAGCAAGUAAAUUGAAUGCUUAAAAUUUCAUAAAACUUGAAUGUUGAAUGAGGAAAAUGUGACUUUUUGACUGCUUGACUUCACAAUGCAGUUUUAUGACAUCCCAGUGGGUAUGGAAGUUAGUGAACCAAUUACAUUCCCACUCAUUAUUUUUGUAUUUUAUUAUUUGAAGUUCCCCCCCCCCCCCUGCUCAUUGUAAUGUGAAAAAAGGGUAAUACUCCCUGGACAUGCAGAAUUGCCAUUAUUUUUGCCCAUUGUAAAAACAACGUGAUCUGAUGAAGAAUUUCCUUAUUGUCAAAUCUGCAGAAAAUGAAAUAAUAUGUGGUGGAAUUCACAGAAUAAAAUAUGAAAGAAAAUUGUGACGUGACAUCGUUGGCUCUUAUUUGCAUAUCACCGUAUUGCAUAUAAUUAUUCAGUGAAAAAUAAGCAAGAUUUUAAAAUGUCAAAACUUUCCAAUAAAUUCAAUUUUUAUUAAAUUUCCAGUGUCAUGCUUGUAAGGUUUUUUUCUUUAUUAUUUCAGUAAUUUCUUUCUUUGUCGGGAUGGACUUCCUCUUCAUCAAAGAUGUUGCAAUAUUAUGUUACCAAUGUUGUUACCUGUGCCUGACACUUUCUCUGGAUGCGGGGGAAGGGGGUAAAUUGCCAAUUCAUCUACAGCCAAGUCAUCCACUCACCACAUGGUCUACCUUCAUUUAGUCUAAUGCCAUUUUGUCCAUCAACAUUUAAUCACCAUUUGCCCUAUGACCAAUUGGUCUCAUAGCCAGUUGGUCCAUUUAUUUUCAUUCAUUUUGCCAAAUUAACACUUAUGGUAUGGUAUUAAGUCAUACAUCUCAGUUACCAAGACUGAAUUGCACAUGGAUAUACAAUGAUAGAAAGUACUACAGUCUCAUAACAGUGGAAUUAUUUAAGUAAUUAAAAAGUACACAGAUUGAAUGCAAUAAAUAGCAUACUACUGCGUAUUAAACCAUACAUGUAUUUGCGAUGAGAGUAAUGUAAAACACACCCAUAAAUAAAACAAAGCCGGAGACGAAAAAGAAGAAGAGGAGGAGGAUAAAGGGGAAGAGGAAGAAGGGAAAAAAAGGAGAAGGGGGAGAAGAAGGAGGAGAAGAAGAAGAUGAUGGAGAAGAAGACAAUGUAGAAAGAAAGUUGAAGAAGAAUAAUAUGAAGAUAAAAUAUCACACAAUAUAUUGCAAAAUGAGGAUACAGAGUACAUGUACAGAUAUGCAAAAGGUAAAAUUUUAAAUAGUGCUUUGUGGUUUGGCAAUCAUGGAAACACGGAUAAAAUUCAUUUCAAAAUUUCAAGUAGACAUGUUUAGAGAUCGAAUAGUCUAAUCAGAUCCUAAGCUAUAUGGACUAAAUGGCUAUUAGACCAACUGGUUUUUAGACGAAAUGGUGAGUGGACGAAAUGGCAAUUAGACCAUGUUGAAAUUGGACAAACUGAUUGUAGACCAAAUGACAGUAGACAAGUAGGGAUUGAACAAAUUGGCAUUAGACCAAAUGAAAAUAAAAGGGGGGGGGGGUCUUCUUUACAGGGGAUUUUUUUUUCUUUUCAAGAUACCUUGGGUAUUGAUUUUAGAUCUAUCAAAUUCAAAGCUCUUUCUCUGAUUAGAUUUUCAUUGUUCUUUCACCAAUGAUAUUCUCAAAUUUUCUGCUUAUAUUUCCAACUUUUAUCAGGGCAAACAUCCCUUUGAGAAAUGAUCAAACUGAUCGAUCAAAACAUCUCAAACAGAUUUACUGCAUGAAUGCAUACUGGAACAGAUUGAUAUUUGAGUAACUGUCUGCUUAACAGUAAGUCUUCUAAAUUAUACUGAAGUUCAAUUUAUUGAUUGUAAUAGUUUAUGUUAUACUAUUGAAUGAAUCGUUAUUUGUGUGAAUCUAGUAGUUUGAAGUUAAUUUUGCUCAUGUGUUGCAAGUAAAAUCAAGGGUUUAAACCAUGUUGUAAAGGAUCAAGGUUUUAUGAAUGUCAUGCAUGCUCCCAACUUCAAUAUAUUACAGAGGAACAUGUAUUAUGGCUCAGUGGAUAAGUCUCAAGACUUUGAACCACAAGGUCCGAGGUUCAAAUCCCACCUUUGGCAAGGCGUUUAUCUACAUUUGCUACUCUCCACCCAGGUGAAGUAAAUGGGUACCCGGUAAGGAGGAAUUCCUUGAAUGUUUGAGCAUCCAAUCAGGAUAGCCGUGCUAAUGAAUGCCGGAGAGAUAGUAUGCAGUGCUUAGAAACACUUGCAAUAAGCACUAUAAAAGUUGCAUAUUGUUAUUUUUGUAAAAUAACCUGAAAAACGGACAUAAUGAAGCUUUUCGACAUGCACUCAUCAGAGUAAAUUUGCAUGAAUGACUAAAACGUUAUAGAAAAACAAUAUAUAAUAGAACUGAAACUAGAAAAUGGACGCUAAAUGGGAGCCGUGAUUGGCUGUCAAGUAAACAAGUUAGGCUUGCUACCAGCCGUGAAGCUUCAGUAUGUCUGUUUUUAAGGCUAUUUUACGGAACCAAACACUUAUGUAUCAUUAUUGUUAUUAAUUAUGUGACUCCACAUUAUUGCUGUGUGUUAUUAUAUUGUAAACUGUGCAGGUCAGCACAUGUAAAGGUUCACAUAUAUUAUGCCAUAGUCACAUCAGUGAAACCAUUCCUGGGGGUGUUUUCACAAAGAUUAAAUUGUGACUUAGAGUCAAACUUAAAUUCCCAACUGCAUGAUUAUAAAAGGCCUCGCGUCAUUGGUUGGAUCAUGCUAAGAGGACGCGCACUACUGCGCAUUAUGUAUCAUAUACCCGCCUGUAUUUACGAGGGGGAAAACUUACAUGGGGCUCGGGGCGAUUUUGCCCACCGAAAUGCUCAAAAGUUAAAGAGCACUUGAAAAUUUAAAAAGAGACCCUCCCCCUAAAAAAAAAACGAAGAAAAUCCUCAUUUCCUGCAAUGUUACAGCUCAUCCAAUGUUGCAGAUUUUAGAGCAGUAGGUUGUGAAAGUAGCCCCCCCCCCCUUAAAAUGAGAUAUUAUUUCGCCUGGUAUUUAAGGAUGACCGUCACCCUUGACUCUUUUUGAAACACCCCCCCCCCCCCCAUACACUGGUGCUGCCCCUAUAUCAAUGUCAGUAACAUCUAUUCGUAUCUUAAUCACCCAUAUUAUCUGGGCAAGAAAAUCAUGAUUUUACAGAACUUCUUCAAACUUGUCCCAUUAUUAUUCUAUGGGAUUUAGAAGUGCCUUAGCUGACCUAGAAUGAAGGAAACACUGCCUUCUACUGUUAGAUAUAUGUAUUUGCGAUAGGGAGAAUGAACAUUCCAUUAUUGCAUGUUAUUAAUUUCAUCCAGGGUAUAUUAUUCAAAAACAUAAAUCAAUAAAUUGAACAGAAUUUUCCAACUCAUUCCUAA